AUGACGAUGGCGAUCGUGACGAGGUGUUCUUCUGCACUGUCUGUCCGCGUCUCAGCGUAUCAUCCCUUUUUUUCUCAACCUCCUCCUUCUCUCCCCCUCCUUCUCCCCCCCUCUUCUCCUUUCUCCCUGCAGUGCCCUCUGCUGAACAUCUCCUUCUGCCCUCCAUCGCAGUCUGGUCUUGAACCCGGCAAGACCCUGGUGGUGGUCGCCUUCAACCCCCUUGCCUGGGCUCGCACCGAAAUCGUCCGCAUUCCAGUCACCACUCCCUCAGUCAUUGUCACAGACUCGACUCACCAGCCCAUCCCAUCACAGCUCAUCCCAGAGCUCCUCCCUCGCCCACUUGUUAGCUCUUCUUCUGUAUCGUUCUCAGACAGUGGGACGCACAGCCUGCCUCCUCCUGUCCCUUCUGCCGCCCUUCCUCCAGUGCCUCCUCCACUCUACACGCCAUACGAGCUGCUGCUGGGAGUGCUGCCGAUGGGAGUCCUCUGCUGCUGGGAGGAUCACGAUGGGAGGAGCAGCGCCUUGCGCCCGCCUUAUCCACCUCCCCAGGUGACAGACAGACAGCAGCCGGUAGCAGGCAAGCUCAGAGCUGUAGCGGAACAGCAGAACUGUGGCGGAACAGCAGAACUGUGGCGAAACAGCAGAGCUGUAGCGGAACAGCAGAGCUGUGGCGGAACAGCAGAGCUGUGGCGGAACAGCAGAGCUGUAGCGGAACAGCAGAACUGUGGCGGAACAGCAGAACUGUGGCGGAACAGCAGAGCUGUGGCGGAACAGCAGAGCUGUGGCGGAACAGCAGAGCUGUGGCGGAACAGCAGAGCUGUGGCGGAACAGCAGAGCUGUGGCGGAACAGCAGAGCUGUGGCGGAACAGCAGAGCUGUGGCGGAACAGCAGAGCUGUGGCGGAACAGCAGAGCUGUGGCGGAACAGCAGAGCUGUGGCGGAACAGCAGAGCUGUGGCGGAACAGCAGCACGGCAGUCAGCAUGCUAA